AUGAAGCUAUUGAGCGUGGCCACUGCCUUGCUUGCCGCAGUGCCUUUUACACAAGCAUACUGGAAGGGCUUUAACGUCGCCGCCGAGAACCCAGACGGCUCAUGCAAAACACAAGCCCAAUGGGUCUCUGCUUUCAAGAGCUUGUCCUCGCUUCCUGGUCAUUUCACCUCUGUCCGUCUAUAUGCCUCUUCGGAUUGUCAGACUCUGGCUCUUGCCGUUCCUGCCGCCAUCUCAACAGGAACUCAGUUGCUCGUUGGUGUCUGGACUCAAGAUGGUGGCCAUUUCAAGAGGGAGAAGGAUGCUCUCGAGAGUGCCAUCAAGAAGUACGGUCAGGACUGGAUCAUCGCCAUUAGUGUUGGAAGCGAAGACCUGUACCGCAAAGAGAUCAGUGCAUCAUCUCUUGCAACGAAGAUUUACGAUGUUCGCGGCAUGGUUCGCGCCAUGGGUNGGACGGCAUGGGUAGAUGGUGCAAACACCGAAGUGAUCAAAGCAUCUGACUUCAUCGGUCUUGAUGCGUACCCCUACUUCCNNGAAGGCAGCAGUAUCGACCAAGCGAGCAACACAUUCUGGAGCGCCAUCGACAGAGUCCGUGGGGUCGUCGACAAGGUUUCUCCUGGCAAAUGGGUAUGGGUGACUGAGACCGGUUGGCCUGUCAGUGGACCCAACUACGGCAAUGGAGUUGCCAGCGUUAAGAACGCUCAAACCUUCUGGAAGCAAGUUGCUUGCGCUGCUUUCAAGCAAGUGCAUAUCUUCUGGUAUGUCCACCAGGACUACCAAGCGUCACCANGUUUUGGUGUCAUUGACCGUAAUGGCAAAGCCAUCUACGAUCAACAGAGUUGUUGA